CGACCAGACGACUAGCGGGCAACCAUCACAGCCGAAUGGGAUUUAGUACCGACCGUGGUUCAUUAAAAAUGGCGGCGCCCAUGCAGAAUCGCGCUUCAGCUUGUUUUUAUGAGUUUUUGAGUAUGAUUAUGGACGAUGAUGAACAAAUUCUUCUCAGACAGCUUAGUCUGAUGAUGUCUACUCAAGCAUUAGGUGUAGUGGACAAAUUUCCAGUUCAGCUGCCGAAGAUAUUGCAGUAUGCCGAAAAUAUAGUCCCACAGUACAACUUCGACGACUUCAGGUAUCACUACAGACUGUCUAGAGAAUCAUUCCAAUACCUACUCGAACAAUUAGGACCACGUCUAAUUGCUACCAACAUAGGGGGUGAUGUUGCAGUGUUGCCCCAAAAGAUGAUGCUAAUAUUUGUGUGGUACAUGGCCACUCAGGAAUCAAUGAGGGAAACUGCUCAUCUGUUUGGAAUUUCAAUCUCCACAACUCAUGGUAUUAUCAUGAAAAUCCUGGACAUUGUAACCGACAGUGCAAAUCAGUUUAUCCAGUGGCCAACAUUAGAUGAACAAGAACGGAUUUCCAGAGAGUUACAGGAGGAGUACAUCAUUGAUGGCGCAAUAGGAUAUAUAGAUGGAACACACAUCAGAUUAAACCACCGAAUCAAAGAAGAUCAAGAUUACAUCAAUCGCAAAAAGUUCCCUUCAAUUCAGCUACAGAUAGUCGUUGACCCAAAGAUGAGAAUAAUCAAUGCUAAUGCUGGAUGGCCGGGUUGCGUUAAUGAUGCCAGGGUACUUAGCAAUUGCGUACUCUACCAGAAGGCUGAGAGGGGAGAAUUGUUUGGUGAUGGAAAGUUUAUUAUUGGCGAUUCUGCAUAUCCAGUUAGAGGUUGGCUCAUUCCUGUAAUUAAGGACAAUGGCAGAAUAACCCCAGCUCAACGAAAGUUUAACGGGUGCCUAUCAUCAAUGAGACAAUUAGUGGAACGUGUUAUUGGACACUUAAAGGGCCGUUUCAGACGAUUAAGAUGUGUACACAUAUACCGGGCUGAAAUUGCAACAAAACUCAUCAUUGCCGCAUGUGUAUUACACAAUGUCUGCAUAGCAAACAGGGAGGAUCUUGACGAAUUCAUAGAAAAUGACUUGGAAGACAAUAGGGGGAAUAUGAAUUUUGGAAUCCAGAACAACAAUGAAGGAAUAGUUCUGCGUGACCAACUUGUUGCAUUGUUUGAAUAAUGAUCUUAAAACUGUAAUAAAGAUUGUCAUGACAUAUCUAAUUAUUGAUUUAUAUUUUCAUUUAGUAUGUGUAUGGAUCUAUUGACUUAUCAAGUUAUUUUAGGGCUAUCAAUUUAGUAUGUAGGCCCUAUACACAAAGUGAAGUCAAAAAUUAAAUCUCUACACUA